AUGAUUCGGGAUUGUGGUUUUUUGGAUUUUCCUUUUAUUGGUGAUUGUUUGUCUUGGAGGGGUUGGCGGGAUAAAAAACCUAUUCGAUGUCGGCUGGACAGGGCUUUAGGGAAUGAGGAUUGGCAUGAUUUGUUUCCAGACACGGUGACGGAGUACUUACCAAUGAUAGCCUCUGAUCAUAAGCCUCUAGUGGUUAAAAUUGGGGCUAAAAGGCCUCGGGGGAACAGGAGUUUCAUGUUUGACCGCCGCUGGAUUGGUAAGACGGGGCUGAUGGAUGCGAUCGCAUCAGGGUGGGACGGGGGUUUGGAUCAGGUUUCAGAUACUUUCACCUAUAAAAUUGUGAAUUGUCGAAAGACAAUUUCUCAGUGGCGUAAAUCACAAGUCCCAUACGGUCGGGAAACCAUUGACGAUUUAAAGAGACAGUUGGAGGUGGCUCUAGCGGAUGAUUCAAUUCCUCCUGCUACAAUUUCGGAUUUACAGAGUCGUUUACGUCAGGCUUAUGGGGAUGAAGAGAUUUACUGGUAUCAAAAAAGUCGGAGUAAAUGGAUGCGAUUGGGGGAUAAAAAUUCAAAGUAUUUUCAUGCUUUAACAAAGCAGAGACGGGCUCGUAAUCGGAUUAAUGGUUUGUUUAAUAAGGAUGACAUCUGGUCAACUGAGGAUGUGGGUAUUUGUAAUACGGCGGUAUCAUAUUUUGAGGAUUUGUUUACUUCAACAAACCCGACCAAUUUUGAGGAGGUCCUACGGGAGGUCCAGACGGUGAUUACAGCUGAGGAUAAUGAGCGGUUGACAAGACCCGCAACGGAGGUUGAGGUCAAGUCUGCCUUAUUUAUGAUGCAUCCGGAUAAAGCACCUGGCUCAGAUGGAAUGACAGCUCUAUUUUUUCAAAAAGCAUGGGGUAUAGUUAAGACGGAUCUUGUAGAUUUGGUUAAUAGAUUUCUGGUGGAAGGAGUUUUUGACAAGGGUCNGUUCCUCAUGGAAACUAAACAACCAUCACCUAUUCUAGAAAAGUUUGUUGGUCAUUUUGGGUAUAAGAAUUUAAAAACAAUAGAUCCUAUUGGCUGUAGUGGUGGUAUGGCUCUGUUCUAUAAUCAGGAUGAUUUUCAGGUCUCGGUUUUAUUUGAGUCAAACAGGUUAAUCGAUAUUGAAGCGGUUUUCAAAGGGCGGAUAAUUCAUUUAACUUUCGUUUAUGGAGAUCCUGUCCCCAACAAACGGGAUCUGGUGUGGGAACGUAUUUUAAGAAUAAGUGCUAACCGGUCCACCCCUUGGUUUUUGGUUGGGGAUUUUAACGAGCUGACAGGAAACCAUGAAAAAAGGGGGGGGGGGAAGUUACGUCAUCCUUCCUCUUUUCUCGCUUUUAACGGGAUGAUUCGGGAUUGUGGUUUUUUGGAUUUUCCUUUUAUUGGUGAUUGUUUGUCUUGGAGGGGUUGGCGGGAUAAAAAACCUAUUCGAUGUCGGCUGGACAGGGCUUUAGGGAAUGAGGAUUGGCAUGAUUUGUUUCCAGACACGGUGACGGAGUACUUACCAAUGAUAGCCUCUGAUCAUAAGCCUCUAGUGGUUAAAAUUGGGGCUAAAAGGCCUCGGGGGAACAGGAGUUUCAUGUUUGACCGCCGCUGGAUUGGUAAGACGGGGCUGAUGGAUGCGAUCGCAUCAGGGUGGGACGGGGGUUUGGAUCAGGUUUCAGAUACUUUCACCUAUAAAAUUGUGAAUUGUCGAAAGACAAUUUCUCAGUGGCGUAAAUCACAAGUCCCAUACGGUCGGGAAACCAUUGACGAUUUAAAGAGACAGUUGGAGGUGGCUCUAGCGGAUGAUUCAAUUCCUCCUGCUACAAUUUCGGAUUUACAGAGUCGUUUACGUCAGGCUUAUGGGGAUGAAGAGAUUUACUGGUAUCAAAAAAGUCGGAGUAAAUGGAUGCGAUUGGGGGAUAAAAAUUCAAAGUAUUUUCAUGCUUUAACAAAGCAGAGACGGGCUCGUAAUCGGAUUAAUGGUUUGUUUAAUAAGGAUGACAUCUGGUCAACUGAGGAUGUGGGUAUUUGUAAUACGGCGGUAUCAUAUUUUGAGGAUUUGUUUACUUCAACAAACCCGACCAAUUUUGAGGAGGUCCUACGGGAGGUCCAGACGGUGAUUACAGCUGAGGAUAAUGAGCGGUUGACAAGACCCGCAACGGAGGCUGAGGUCAAGUCUGCCUUAUUUAUGAUGCAUCCGGAUAAAGCACCUGGCUCAGAUGGAAUGACAGCUCUAUUUUUUCAAAAAGCAUGGGGUAUAGUUAAGACGGAUCUUGUAGAUUUGGUUAAUAGAUUUCUGGUGGAAGGAGUUUUUGACAAGGGUCUAAAUCGAACUCAUAUUUGUCUUAUCCCGAAGGUGGCCAAGCCAACUCGAAUGGCAGAAUUACGUCCGAUUAGUCUGUGUAAUGUUGGCUAUAAGAUCAUAUCUAAGGUUUUAUGCCAGCGACUAAAAGGGGUUUUACCUGGCCUUAUAUCUGAGACUCAAUCGGCUUUCGUCCCAGGUCGGCUGAUUUCCGAUAAUAUCCUUAUUGCUCAAGAGAUGUUUCACGACUUACGCACAAACCCGUCUUGUAAAGGGAAAUUUAUGGCCAUCAAAACAGACAUGAGUAAGGCAUAUGAUAGGGUUGAGUGGGAUUUUGUGGCAGCUUUGCUACAGAAGAUGGGUUUUGCAGAGUCAUGGGUUUCAUGGAUAAUGGUUUGUAUCACUUCGGUAGAGUACCGGGUUCUUAUUAAUGGCCAGCCAAAUGGUUUGAUAGUUCCAGAGAGAGGGUUGCGCCAGGGGGAUCCCCUCUCCCCUUAUUUGUUUAUCUUAUGCACAGAAGUUUUAAUUGCUAAUAUACGGAAAGCAGAGAGGGAUAAACUUAUUACAGGGAUAAAAGUGGCAAACAAAUGCCCGCCCAUUACGCAUUUGUUAUUUGCCGAUGAUAGUCUUUUCUUCUGUAAGGCGGACAGAGGACAAUGUCAGGUUAUUUUAGAUAUUCUGAAAAAGUAUGAGUCAGUUUCGGGUCAACAAAUUAAUUUUUCAAAAUCUUCUGUCCAAUUCGGGCACAAGAUUGAUGAUCAGACAAAAACCGAGCUCCAGGGUGUCCUCGGGAUCAUGACUUUGGGUGGCAUGGGGUCAUACCUAGGGUUACCCGAAAGUUUGGGUGGGGCAAAGACAAAGGUUUUCUCUUUUGCUCGGGAACGGAUUCAGAGUCGGACAAAUGGUUGGACGGCAAAUUUGCUGUCCAAAGGGGGAAGGGAAGUGAUGAUAAAAUCUGUUGCUACUGCUGUUCCAACGUUUGUGAUGUCGUGUUUUCGUUUACCAAAAACAAUUACAUCCAAGCUUACCAGUGCGGUGGCAAAUUUUUGGUGGAGUACUAAUGGUCAGUCAGGGGGAAUGCAUUGGCUUGCCUGGGAGAAAUUAUGUGUAAGCAAACAGUUGGGUGGUCUAGGUUUCAGGAAUGUGGAUGACUUUAAUUCGGCAUUACUGGCUAAGCAGUUAUGGCGUCUCAUAGACGCUCCAGAAUCGCUGUUUGCUAGGGUUUUUAAAAGUCGGUAUUAUCGGAAUACGAAUCCUUUGGAUCCGAUAAGGUCAUACUCUCCCUCCUAUGGAUGGAGGAGUAUAUGUUCUGCUCGCUCUCUGGUAAAUAAAGGGCUUAUUAAACGGGUUGGCUCUGGGGACACCAUUUCUAUAUGGUCUGAUCCUUGGGUACCAGCUCAAUUCCCUAGACCAGCUGUCAGUAAGGGUCCGUUAAAGGAUCAUUAUCUUCAAAUGAAUCAUUUAAUUGAUCGACAAACUAAUACUUGGCGUAUGGAUAUGCUUAAUGAGCAUUUUGAUCCACUUGAUGUUGCAUUGAUAAGGGCUAUACCAUUGGGUGGUAACCAAAAGGAUGAUCCUUUCGGUUGGCAUUUCACAAAAACAGGAAAGUACACAGUCAAAUCAGGCUAUCACACUGCACGUCAUGGUGUGGUUCGGACUUUUGCAGCCACUGGUUCAGGCCCGGACAUUACCCCUCUACUCGCUAGUGUGUGGAGGGCCCGUUGCCCACCCAAGAUUCAACAUUUUAUGUGGCAGGUUUGGGCCCUAGCACAUGUACCGGUGGGACCAAUUUCCUUCCCGACAGAAUCUGUGUAUGCGAAUGUAGAUCAUUUUUUAGGGAAACAGAACCCUGGGGCUCAUGUUGCGGCUUUCCCAUGGCUUAUGUGGUUUAUUUGGAAAGCAAGGAAUGCACGUGUUUUUGACAAUAUUGUCGAUCGGCCGGAGGAUAUUGUAAAGGUAGCAGAGGGAGAAGCUGCAGCGUGGCAGCAGGCUCAGGAAGAGGAUGCUCCACUGACAACUAUUCCAGUAGUUUCGGGGAUACCAGUUAGGGUGGCUACUGCUUCCCUCCCUUUGGUUUUUUCGGGAUACCGCUACUUCACUGAUGGAUCUUGGAAAGCAGGGGAUUUGUAUACAGGUGCUGGAUGGUGUUGUACCUCGGCCCAGACAGCGUUGCCGUUCUUGGGAGCAAAGAAUUUCCGGCAGAGUCUAUCUCCAUUACAUGCUGAAGUUGAAGCGUUCCUUUGGGCGAUGCGCUGCAUGAUCGGGCAUGACUUUAGAGACGUGGCUUUCUAUACCGACUGCUCAGACUUGGUGAAGAUGGUGUCUUCCCCUUCCGACUGGCCAGCGUUCUCGGCAACCUCCUCCCCCACACUUCUUCUCUUUUCUCACUACGCUCCGAUCCCCGAGGUCGUCGUCACACACACACUCCCAACGGUUACUUUACCCUAA